AUGUCAUAGUCUUGUACUGAAAAAUUAUGGAAACCAAUCAUUAGACCUCCAAGACACUAUUAUUAAUUAAAAGAUUUAGGAAAUUAGAUCACCAUGGUUAUUGAUACAGUUACAAAAAGAACAGAUUUUGAAAUUGUUAAUAAAAGAAAACUUACAUUAUAAUGUAGGUACACUAAACCAAUAUAACCAGUCUAUUUGAACCAGUAAGAGUUCAAGAUCGGUAACACUCUUGUAUGAUUUAUUUACAUGGAAACUCUAGCAGCCGAGUUGAAUCAUUAACAAUAUUAGAAUAUUUGAUCCCUUAUAACAUUGCUGUUUGUGGAAUUGAUUUAUCAGGUAAGCCAUCACUUAUUUAUCCAGGUUCUGGACAUUCUGAAGGUGUUUACAUUUCUCUUGGUUAUUAUGAAUCAUAAGAUGUACAAAGUCUCAUUGAUUAUCUAAGAGAUCAUAAAGUAACAUGUAACUUUAAUAAUAGAGCCUUACAUUACUUAAAUUGGAUUAUGGGGAAGAUCUAUGGGUUCAGUUACAGCCAUUCUUAGUGCCAGUCAAAAUGAAGAUAUUAAAGUAUUGGUUUGUGAUAGUCCAUUUUCUAAUUUGACACUCUUAUGUAAAGAAAUUGCAACAUCUGGUUAUGGAGUACCUGGAUGUUGUUUUAAUUGUUUCUUUUGUUUUGUAAAAUCUAAAAUUAGAAAAGAAGCUAAUUUUAAUGUAGAUGAUCUUAAUAUUAUCUAAAUAGUUGGAAGUAAUCUUAUUAAUGACAAAAUAUUAGAUCUUUCAUCCUAAAUUUCUAUAGCAUUUUUGAGUGCAAAUCAAGAUCAAUUAGUAAACUCAAAACAUUCAAAAUAUUUACAUUGUGUUUUCAAAGGAACUAAAUUAUUAAAAUCAUUUGAUGGUCAACAUAAUUCAAAAAGACCAAAUGAUAUAAUGAAGGAGGUGGCAGAUUUUGUCAUUUCUUAGUUAGGCAAAUAAUCAAGUGAUUAACCUUAGAGUUCAAGAGAUACUAAAUUGUUACUUUUACAUAACUAAAGAGAAAAGAUAUCUUUCUAAUAUGAUGAAGUACAUCCAAUUAUGACUGGAGGAUAAAUAUCCAAUAAUGAAUAAAAUAUAACAAAAUGA